UUUUAAUAUGUUGCUUAGAUUUAUAACCACAACCCAUCAAUUAAACUGGGCUUCACUUUAUUAUUUUACAAAACACACUAGACCUAAAGCAUAGCCUCAUAAAGAGAAAACUAGAGCAAAAGCAAUAAGUGAUGAUAAAUCAGGAAAAAUUGCAAAAUCAGAUUAAGAACAAGAAUAAAGACAACAAUAAGAAAAUUUAAAGAAAAAAAUAGAAUUAGAAAAAUUAAGAGCAUUACAACCAAAGAUGCAUACCUGGAGUUCAUUUUAUGAAACGCAUAUUCCUUAAACAAAGAAAAUUCAAAAAACAAUAUAUCUAUCAUUAAAUGAAUAACAAGAAGGAAGAAAUAAACAUUAUAAAAAGUUUACAUAACCUCCAAUGGAUAUUACUGAGGAAUGCAAUAAAGAGUUUGAAAUAAAAUAGCAUACUUAUGAAGAUCCAUUUGCAUAACCAAAAAGAGCGGGUUUAAUAGCAGUAAAAGUUGGUAUGACUGCUUAAUGGGAUAAAUGGGGUUAUCGUCAUGCAUUAACAGUCUUAUAAUUAGAUAAUAAUUAAGUAGUUUAAAUAGUUAAAAGUGACACAUAUACAGGAUUGUAGAUUGGGGCAGGAGCAGUGAAUAUAAAAACCUUAAAAAAACCUUAAAUAGGUCUUUUCCUUAAAGCAAAUGUAUGAAUUUAAAGUGUAAAUUUAGAUACCCCCUAAAAAAUACAUAAAGGAAUUCCGUAUAACACCUGAAAAUGUAUUACCAGUAGGUUAUAUGUUGAGUGCAAGACAUUUUACUCCAGGUUAAUAUAUAGAUAUCUAAGGUGUCUCAACAGGAAAAGGUACUUUAUGAGUUAUUGAUUAAUUUUAUUAGGAUUUGGAGGUACAGUUAAGAGACAUAAUUUUAAAACAUAACCUGCCACACAUGGUAAUUCAUUAUGUCAUAGAUAAUUGGGAAGUACAGGUUAAAGAUAAGAUCCUGGAAGAGUCUUUAAAGGAAAGAAAAUGCCUGGACAUUUAGGUAAUGAUAAAGUUACUUGUGAGGGAAUUCAAGUAAUAUAUUAUUUCCAUAUAAUUUAUUCUAGAUUUAUAGAAUAGAUGCAGUUAGAUAAUUAAUAUAUGUAAAAGGUUCAGUUCCAGGAAAACCUGGAUCUAUUGUAUUUUUAAAAGACUCUUGGAAAGUCUAAAAGAAAAAUAAAGAUUUGCUUAACUUUCCAACUUUAGCUGUUGAAAAUGGAAAAGAAUAUGCUAAAGAAAUUGUUAUGGAAGCACCUUUAGAAGAUCCUGAAAUGGAGGAAACUCAUGAGAAUGAUUUCCCAAAAGCUGGAGAAGAUGCAGAAGAUUGAAAUAAAUCAAAAGAGUAUAAUAAUAUUAG